CACCCCGGGGCUCAGGAGCUGCCCUGCGUCACCCUGCACGCCCACCACCGCGGGCGGGUGGCCCGGGGCUCCUGUCACCUGCAGCCCCCCCUGGGCGUCUGCGUGGUGGAGCUGGAGAUCCCCCCGCGCUGGUUCCUCCCGGGACCCCAGCGGAGCCGCCGGAAGGACGGGGACACCCCGCACCCCCCCGAGCCCCCGGAGAGCCCCGGGAGCCCCGAGGCGGCCGAGCUGCGCUACAGCGUGGGGGGGCCGGGGCACUGCGGGAAGGGGGAUGCGCCGCGGUCCCUGGGGACGCUGGAGCUGCGGGCGGGAGAGCCGGAGCGGCGGCAGGAGGUGCGGCUGGACGACAAGGUCCUGCUGGGCGUCCCCGAUGCCACCCUGCGCCCCGGGCAGAGGUUCAGGGCCACCAUAGCCCUGAGGAACAACUUCACUGCCCACGCCCUGACCCUGCGGAUCAAGGCCAAGAAGGGGCUGCAGGUGGUGGCCGCCCAUCCCGCCGUUCCCAGCGCCUGGAGCGCCCACCUGGAGCAUUCCCGGGGUCCCAAGCACUCCCUGGCUGUGGUGACGUGCCGGCGGAUUGGGGACACCCCUGGCAGCGGGAGGGUGUCCGACUCGGCCGUGUUCCUGCACCUGGAGCUGGUGGUGGAGAACGGGACGGGGGGCCCGGCACGGCCCCUCACCUGGCAGGUGGAGUAUCCCGGCCAGGAUCCCGAAUCCCAGAAGGACAAACUGGUGUGGGAGAUCCAGGUGGCGGAGCGGGAAAUCCGCGCCCUCGUCCCUCUGGUCCAGGAGCUGGAGAUCCUGAACACGGCCCCGCUGACGGGAAUCCCGCGGGUCAUCCCGGUGAAACUGGUGGCCGUGGAGGCGGGAGGCGGCGUGUCCGAGCUGGCCGAUCCCGUGGGAUGCGAGUCGGCCGACAAGCAGGUGCUGCAGGUGUCGGAUUCCUGCGACGCCGUGUUCGUGGGGGGCCGGGAGAGCCGGGGGGCGCGGGGGGCCCGCGUGGAUUUCUGGGCGCGGCGGCUGCACGCGGAGCUCGCCUUCUCCGUGUGGGCCCCGCUGCUCCCGCUGCGCGUCCAGCUGGGAGACCCCGCCCUGGAGCAGCUCCGCGGAUGGAGGCGGCCCGGGAAUCCCGACGGCUCCCCGCUGGAGGCCGAGGACGCGCCGGAGGAGCCGGAGCGGCGGGCGCGGAGCUGCCGCCCGCAGUUCCAGCGCACGGGGCUCCGUGUCCUGGCCCACUUCGUGUCCCACCCGCCGGACGGGGGCCGCUCCCUGUCCUACCUGCCCGGCCCCGAGUGGCUCCUGGACGUCACCCACCUGGUGGCCCCCCGGACCCGCGUGCAGGACCCCCGGGUGGCCUCGCUGGAGGGGGGGCUCGUGGUGGUGGGCCGGGAGCCCGGGGUCACCUCCGUGGAGGUGCGCUCCCCGCUCUCCGACUCCAUCCUGGGGGAGCAGACGCUGGUGGUGUCCGAGGACAAGGUGACGGUGACGGAGCUCCGUGCCCAGGUGGUGGCAGGGCUCUCCUUGUCCCUCCGGGCACACCCGGAGCACCCCGGCGUGGUCACCGCCACCGCCCUGGGCACGCCCACCCUGCGCGCCCUUAAGCAGGAAGCCACGCUGUCCGUCUGGCUGUCCUUCUCCGACCGCACGCUGGCCCCGCUGGAGCUCUACGGGUGGCACGACGUGGCCUUGGCCGUGACGUCCCUGGAUCGCUCCGUCGCCACCGUCGGGGGGUCUCCCGGCGUUCCCGCUUCCCACCCGUGGGUGGUGGCGGAGGGGCCGGGCCGGGGGGCUCUGCUCCAGCUCGCCCUGCACCCCCCGGACCCGUGCCGGCGCGCCCGGCAGCGCCCGGCCCCGCUGGCCACCGGCACCGCCUGGCUCGAGGUGGGACACCCCCCGACCCCCGGGGGCCCCCGGCCCUUCCCGCGGGCCGAGGGGGCCAUGUCCCGGGAAGCGGUGACCGUGGGGCGCGGGGACCCCGCGGGCGUGGGGCCGGCGGCCACCAAGUUCCAGGGAUCCUCCUCGGAGGAGGAAGAGGAGGAAGGAGGUUACGGACGCGACCGCGCAGAGGGGGAGCGGCAGGAGGAGGAGGAGGAGGAGGAGAUGGUGAAGGCCCCGGAGCGGGUGACCGACCUGGAAAUCGGGAUGUACGUCCUGCUGGGAGUGUUCUGCCUCGCCAUCUUCAUCUUCCUCGUCAACUGCAUCUUCUUCGUGCUGCGCUACCAGCAGAAGGAGCUGCCCGAGCCGGGCGGGGCCCCCGCGGCCCCGCAGCCCCACAACUGGGUCUGGCUGGGCACGGACCAGGAGGAGCUGAGCCGGCAGCUGGAUCGCCGGGAGCCGCCGCCGCCGCGCCGGGAGCCGGAGCCCGCGGGUGCGGGGUGCGGCUGCGGGGGCUCGGCCGAGGACGGGGCUCCCCCCGAGCCGCCCGUGCCCCGCAAGGAAGGGGCGGCCCCGGGCGGGGGCGGCCGGAGGAAGAGGGUGGAAUUCGUGACCUUCGGCCCCCCCCGCGCCCCCGAGGAGCCCCCCCCGGCCGCCCCCCACGUGCAGUCCAUCCUGGUGGCCAGCGAGGACGACAUCCGCUGGGUCUGCGAGGACAUGGGGCUGCGGGAUCCCGAGGAGCUCCGGAGCUACAUGGAGAGGAUCCGCGGCAGCUCCUGAGCCUGGGGAACCCCCCGAUUCCCGGGCAAACCAGUAAGGGACCGAAUUCCUCCCCGUGCCGCGCCGGGGGGACACCGAUCCCGGCCCCGCGCGCGCCGGGAAUCCCCGGAGACCCCACCGAGAGGCCCAAGGAAGGGUCUCCAGAGGUUUUGGGAUCCUGGCGGCUCCGGGGAGGAAUUUGGGAUGCCCUUACUGCUUUGGGUCUCAUUGCGACAUGGUGUUCAUAGUGCUGAUGAUGAUGAUGGUGGUGGUGAUUCCUGUGGUCUGAUCCCGGGGAGGGAUCCUGGUUAUCCCGCCCCCUCCCUCUCCAAUCCCUUCACCCCGGCCACGCAUCCGUUUUGUACACAUUUUUUACCGGGAACGCCCGGGAAGGGGCUGCCAGGGGCUGGUAUUUAUGGAAAAGUUUUUAAUUCUGACGUUGUUACAAAAAUAAAGUAUUUAAAAAAAAAAAAAGGUGAGAAUUC